AUGGGAGUACACUCAAGAACGGUUGCGGUUUCGCUCUUCGUGUCGUUCCUGCUGUUUCUUUCUGCGUGUUCUGAGAGCAAUGAUGGAACAUUCAGAGUUGGUCUGAAAAAACUGAAGUUGGAUCCUAACAAUCGACUUGCAGCACGUUUUGGUUCCAAGCAAGAAGAGGCCUUGAGAUCUACUUUAAAAGAGUUCCGUUCGCAAAACAAUCUUGGAGAUUCCGCAGAUGCUGACAUUGUCUCCCUGAAGAAUUACUUGGAUGCUCAGUACUAUGGUGAGAUUGGUAUCGGUACUCCACCGCAGAAGUUUACAGUGAUCUUCGACACGGGAAGCUCUAACCUUUGGGUACCAUCAGGGAAGUGUUUUUUCUCGCUGUCUUGUUUCUUUCAUGCCAAGUACAAGUCCUCACGUUCAAAAACAUAUAAGAAGAGUGGAAAAAGUGCCGCAAUCCAUUAUGGCUCUGGAUCAAUCUCUGGUUUCUUUAGUUAUGAUGCUGUUACGGUCGGUGAUUUGGUUGUCAAAGAUCAGGAGUUUAUUGAGGCAACCAAAGAGCCUGGUUUAACUUUUUUGUUGGCUAAAUUUGAUGGUCUCCUUGGUCUUGGAUUCCAAGAGAUUUCGGUUGGAAACGCCACUCCUGUUUGGUACAAUAUGCUCGAGCAAGGCCUUAUCAAGGUGCCGGUUUUUUCCUUUUGGCUUAUCCGUGACCCAGAGAGUGAAGAAGGCGGUGAAAUUGUAUUCGGAGGUGUUGAUCCAAAGCAUUUCAUAGGAGAACAUACUUAUGUUCCUGUUACACAAAGGGGUUACUGGCAGUUCGACAUGGGUGAGGUUCUCAUUGACGGUGAAUCUACUGGAUACUGUGGAAGUGGUUGUUCUGCAAUAGCAGAUUCUGGAACAUCUUUACUUGCAGGGCCAACGACCGUUAUCGCCAUGAUAAACAAAGCUAUUGGAGCAUCUGGAGUUGCUAGCCAGCAGUGUAAGACUAUUGUUGACCAAUAUGGACUGACCAUUUUGGAUUUACUUUUGGCGGAGACUCAACCGAAGAAGAUCUGCUCACAAAUUGGUGCUUGCACAUUCGAUGGCACCCGUGGGGUCAAUAUGGGGAUUGAGUCGGUGGUGGACAAAGAAAACAUCAAAUCAUCUAGUGGUCUUCGAGAUGCGGGUUGUGCUGCAUGUGAAAUGACGGUUGUGUGGAUACAGAGCCAAUUGAAUCAGAACAUGACCCAAGGGCGGAUAAUGAACUACAUUAAUGAGGUAUGUGAGCGCAUGCCCAGUCCCAACGGAGAGUCUGCAGUUGACUGCGCACGACUCUCAACGAUGCCAACCGUUUCAUUCACCAUCGGAGGCAAAAUCUUUGAUCUUGCUCCAGAAGAGUACGUAUUGAAGAUUGGCCAAGGACCAGUGGCACAGUGCAUAAGCGGAUUUACCGCGCUCGACAUCCCUCCACCUCGUGGACCUCUCUGGAUACUGGGAGAUGUGUUUAUGGGAAAAUACCACACUGUCUUUGACUUUGGCAAUGAGCAGGUUGGGUUCGCAGAAGCUGCAUAA